GGGGGAGCGGGCGGUGGGGCGCGCGCGGCGACGGGAGCCCGCUGGGGUCAGUCCGGGCCCCUCGGGACCUCCGCGGAUGCCCCCCCCGUGGAUAUCGGGGUCCCCCAGAGCCUCCGGGUCCCCCCACCCCUGGCUCUGCGGGUGCCCCAGAGCCCCGGGGGGGCCCCACCAAGCUCGGGGACCCCCACCAAGCUCGGGGACCCCCCGGCCCUGGGGACCCCCAUAGCCCAUGGGGUCCCCCCGGGGUCCCCCAUAGCCCUGGUUGUCCCCUAUAGCCCUCAGGUCCCCCAUAACCCUUGAGGCCCCCCCUAUAUCACUAGGGUCCCCCCAAUAGCUCUUGAGGGUUCCCCAUGGCCUUAGUGGCCACCCCCAUGGCCCUAGAGGGUCGCCCAUAGCCCUUGUGGUCCCCUACGGCCCUUGGGCCCCCCCCCCAGCCCUGGGUGUCCCCCAUGGUGCUUGAGCAUCCCCCCAUGUCCCCCCAUAGCCCUGGAGGGUCCCCCUGUAAACCUUGGGGUGCCCUAUUAGCCCUUGAGGGUCCCCAACACCUUGGGGUUGCAUAAACCUCGAGGGCUCCCCCUGGCCCUGGAGUGUCCCCCGUGUCCCUUGGGGUCCCCAAUAACCCCUGAGGGUCCCCUGUAACCCUUGAGGGUCCCCCGUAGCCCUUGAAGGUCCCCUAUAACCCUUGGGGUGCUCCAGAACUCUUGAGGGCCCCCUGUUACCCUUGAGGGCCCCUUGGCCCUGGAAGGUCCCCCAUGUCCCUUGGGGUCCCCCAUGUCCCUGGAGGGACCCACCAUAACCCUUGAGGCUCCCAUAGCCCUCGAGGGUCUUUUCUAACCUUUGAGGUAACCCCCCCCCAGCCCUGGAGGGUCCUCCACGGCCCUUGGGGUCCCCUAUGGCCCUUGAGGGUCUCCUAUAACCCUUGGGUGUCCCCCAUGGCCCUUGAGGGUCCCCUAUAACCUUUGGGGUCCCCCCCCCGGCCAUGGUGGGUCCCCCAUAACCCUUGAGGUCCCCCAUAGCCCUUGACGGUUCUCCAUAAUCCCUAAGGACCCCCCCCCCCGGCCCUUGAGGUUCCCCUACAAACUGGGGUCCCCCCUGGCCCUGGUGGGUUCCCCCUGGCCCUUGGUGUCCCCCCAGCCCUGAAGGGCCCCCCCGUAGCCCCCCAGGUGCCCCACAGCCUCAGGGCCCAGCCCUCCCUCGACCAGGCCCCCCGGGAAGGAGGCGGCCGUCCAGCGCCGGGCGCGUGGCGGAAAAGGGAGGCGUCGGGGUGGGGUGGGGGGACACCCCCAAGCAGGCUCCCCCCGGGCCGAAGUGGGGUGCUGUCCCCCACGUCCCUCCCUCGCGGCCGGGCCGGCGGCGGGGGCGCGCGGCGCGGCAGGAAGUGUGCGCGGUGCCGCCGGGACAGCGGGGCGACCCACGGCCAUGGGGCCGGGCAGCGGGGCGGCGGGCGGGCGCGCGGCGGGCGGGCUGGCGUAGCCGCGGUGGCACCGCGCCAUGGAGCCGCCGGGCCCCCCCGAGCGAAGCUGCCGCCCGCCGCCCGCCGUCCUGGCGGCGCAGGACGCCAUCGUCUUCUCGGACGGCGCCGGAGACGCCGGCGGGCGCCGGGAGCCGGGCGCGGAGGAGGUGACCCGCGGCGUGACGCCCGGUGCCGCCGUGCCCGCCGGCGCCGACGUCUUCUGGGCCAGCCUGGUGCAAGCGCAGAUGUGCGUGUGGGACCUGCAGGGAGCCAUCGAGGAGCAGCCGGCGGCCGGGAGCGCCUCGCGCCAGCGCCGGGGCCACGUGCCCGCGGAUGGGAGCAGCUCGCACGAGUUUGUGCCUGUAGAAAGGAGCAUCUCGCACGAGUUUGUGCCUGUAGAAAGGAGCAUCUCGCACCAGUUCGUGCCUGCAGACGGGAGCAUCUCGCACGAGUUCGUGCUUGCAGAGGAGAACAUCUCGCACGAGUUCGUGUGUGAAGAUGGGACCAUCUCACAUGAGUUCAUGCCUGCAGAAGGGACCAUCUCACAUGAGUUCAUGCCUGCAGAAGGGACCAUCUCGCACAAGUUGUUGCCUGCAGAAGGGAGCAUCUCGCACAAGUCCAUGCCUGCAGAGAGGAGCAUCUCGCACGAGUUCAUGCCUGCAGAGAGGAGCAUCUCGCACGAGUUCAUGCCUGCAGAAGGGAGCAUCUCGCAUGAGUUUCUGCCUGCAGAGAGGAGCAUCUCGCAUGAGUUCAUUCCUGUAGAAAGGAGCAUCUCGCACGAGUUUGUGCCUGCAGAGAGGAGCAUCUCACAUGAGUUUCUGCCCGCAGAAGGGAGCAUCUCGCACAAGUUCAUGCCUGCAGAGGAGACCAUCUCGCACGAGUUUGUGCCUGCAAAAGGGAGCAUCUCACCCAAGUUUGUGCCUGCAAAAGGGAGCAUCUCGCACGAGUUUGUGCCUGCAGAGGAGAACAUCUCUCACGAGUUCGUGCAUGAAGAUGGGAGCAUCUCGCACGUGUCUGUACCUGCAGACGGGAACAUCUUGCACGAAUUCAUGCCUGUAGAAAGGAGCAUCUCGCACGAGUUCGUGCCUGCAGAAGGGAGCAUCUCGCACAAGUUUGUGCCUGCAGAGGAGAACAUCUCGCACGAGUUCAUGCAUGAAGAUGGGAGCAUCUCGCACGUGCCUGUACCUGCAGAAGGGAGCAUCUCGCACGAGUUCGUGCGUGAAGAUGGGAGCAUCUCGCACGAGUUUGUGCCUGCAGAAGGGAGCAUCUCGCACGGGUUCGUGCAUGAAGAUGGGAGCAUCUCGCACGAGCAUGGGGACCACGAAUCCGGAGAGGAGGACGAGGACGAAGAGGAGGACGACGGCUCGUCCUCCCGGGAGGAGGACGCCGAGGAGGCUGAGGAAGACUUGGAGGAGGAAGAGCGCCACUUCUACACCAACCCCCUCUUCGAGGGCCUGGCGCCGGGGGGCUCGGCCGGGGGGUGCCCCCCGCCGCCCCGCAGCCCGGUGCCCGUGUACAAGCCGCACGGUGCCGCGUUGGAGCCGCUGCUCAUCACGGAGCAGGACAUCGCGGGUGCUGCUGCCAUGGGGGGCACCGAGGAGGAUGCGGCAGCGCGGGGUGACGGUGCCGACGCCGCGGAGCGGGGAUCCCCCGGCCCCCCAGGCCUGGUGCUCUCUGGCCCCCCGGAUCUGCCCCCGGAAAGGGGCAUCUGCCCCCCCGCCAGCCCCCCGGAUCUGCCCCCAGGAGGGGGGGACCGGGACCCCCCCAGCCCCCUGGAUCUGCCCCCCAGCCCCCCAACCCCCCCCGAGCUGCACUUGGGAGGGGGGUACCGGGCCCCGCUGAGCCCCCCGGAUCUGCUCCUGCAAAGGGGCGACUGGGCCCCCCCGGCCCCCCUAGAUCUGCCCCAGGAAGGGGGGUCCCAGGCCCCCCCCAACCCCCCGAUCCCCCCAGAUCUGCCCCCAGAAGGGGGGUACCAGCCCCCCCCGAUCCCGCUGGAUUUGUCCCUGGGAGGGGGGUCCCAGCCCCCCCCCACAUCUCCAGCUCUGCCCCCAGGGGAGGGGUCCCAGGCCCCCCCUAGCCCCCCAAGCACCCCAGAUCUACCCCUGGGAGGGGGGUGCCAGCCCCCCCUGAUCCCCCUGGAUUUGCCCCCUGGAGGGGGGUCCCAGGCCCCCCCUAGCCCCCCGAUCCCCCUGGAUUUGUCCCCAGGAUGGGGGUCCCAGGCCCCCCCCAGCCCCCCAAGCCCCCCAGCUCUGGGCUCCUGGCCCCCCCACAGCCCCCCGUCCCCCCGGGAGCUGCUCCAGGGUGGGCUGCCGAGGGCCCCCCCGACCCCCCCAGCCCUCCCGGCCGCCGGGACCCCCGGGCCGCCCUCCCCGGGCCGGGCCGACGUGGGGCUGCCGCCGCGGGGCCCGCGGGCGGUGGGGGGGGCCGGGGGGCGGCGGGGGGGCCCCGGCGGGCCGGGGCACCGCUGCGCCUGGCUGCAGGCCUCGGCGGGCGCUUCCUGCGCGCGGGGGGAAGUGGCGCAGGCCCCCGCGCCCCGCCGCGCCGUCACGCCGCCACUGUCACCGUCACCGCUGUCACCACCGCCGGGCCGCCCCAUGGAGGAGCUGCCCCCCGAGCCGGGCGACGAGCCCCCGCCGCAGCCCCCCGGCAGCACCCACGGGUGCCCGCCGGACCCCCCCGAGCAGGCGGCCGAGGCCGAGCCGGCACCCGCGGCGCUGGCGAACGGCGGCCACGGGCAGCGGGCCGAGGCGCAGCGCUUGGCCGCCCGCCUCUUCCACCUGGACGGCUUCAAGAGGUCCCAGGUGGCCGCCUUCCUCCGCAAGAACAACGACUUCAGCGGCAUGGUGGCCCAGGAGUACCUGGCCUUCUUCCAGUUUGGUGGCCAGACGCUGGACCGGGCGCUCAGGGCCUUCCUGCAGGCCUUCGUGCUGACGGGCGAGACGCAGGAGCGCGAACGCAUCCUGGGCCACUUCUCGCGCCGCUACCACCUCUGCAACCCCGACACCUUCCCCUCGCCGGAUGCCGUGCACUCCCUGACCUGCGCUAUCAUGCUGCUGAACACGGACCUGCACGGGCAGAACAUCGGCCGCGCCAUGACCAGCGCCGAGUUCGUGGCCAACCUCAGCGGCAUGAUGGACGGGCAGAACUUCCCCAAGGAGCAGCUCAAGGCUCUCUACAACUCCAUCCGCAACGAGAAGCUGGAGUGGGCAGCGGACAAGGAGGAGGAGGAGGAGCACGAAGGCCCCCUGCGGCAGCGCCUGGCGCCCGCUUCGGCCAGCCGCAAGAAGAGCAACCCCUUCGUGGAGCUGCCCCGCGACGCCGACGCCGCCACGUACCGGCAGGGCUUGCUGGCCCGCAAGGUCCACGCCGAGGCCGACGGCAAGAAAACGCCGUGGGGCAAGCGAGGCUGGAAAACCUUCCACACCGUGCUGAAGGGGAUGGUGCUGUAUUUCCUCAAGGUAGGAAGCUCCGCCGGCGGUUCGGGGCGGCCCGAAUCGGCGCCGGGAGACCCCCAGGGCCCCCUUUCUCUCGCCGCGCAGGACGAGAGCCGGCCGGAGACGCCGGGCGCCGAGGAGCCGCUGGGCGUCCACCACGCUCUGGCCGAGCGGGCCAGCAAGUACACCAAGCGCCCCAACGUCUUCCGCCUGCAGACGGCCGACUGGCGCGUCUUCCUCUUCCAGGCGCCGAGCGCCGAGGAGAUGUCCUCCUGGAUCUCCCGCAUCAACCUGGUGGCCGCCCUCUUCUCCUCGCCGCCCUUCCCCGCCGCCGUCAGCUCCCAGCGCAGGUUCAUCCGGCCCAUCCUGCCCGCGGCGCCCAGCCGCAGCGCCCCGGAGGAGCAGCACCGCUCGCACGAGACGUGCAUGGACCAGUUCGCCGCGGAGCUCUUCGAGCAUCAGCGCAACCUGCCCGACAAGCGGGGCCGAGCCCGCGACCUCGACGAGUAUCGCCUGAAGAAGGACUACCUGCUCUACGAGAAACGCCGCUACGAGACCUACGUGCAGCUGCUGGAGACGUGGCUCAGCGCGGGCGCCCGUGAUCUGGACGGUUGGGAAGCCCACGUGGGGCCCGUGGACGCCCCCCCGGACCCCCCCAGCCUCACCAAAGCUCACUCCAGCCCCUCGCUGGCCCCCGAGGCACCUCCCGCCGGCGUGCGGGUCAAGCGCAACAUCUCCGAGCGCCGCACCGUCCGCAAGAUCGUCCCCAAGCGCAACAAGAACCUGCUGUGAUGGAUUUGGGGCUGAGGGAAGAGCGAGGGGGGGGGGUCUCGCCACCUGCCCCCCCCCCGCCGCGGUACGAGGCUCUCUCCCCUCCUGCCCGCCGCCGGACUCGAACCAGCGACCCGCGGGCACCGCUGUGCCGGCAGCAUUGAGCCAGCCAAGUUGGCGGGGGGGGGCUGUUUUACGGGGUUUCCCCCCCACCCCGUAAUUAAGGACUUCAAACUCAGGGAGAUGCCCCCCCACCCCGUGCCUCUGCCUGGGGGGGGGGAUGUUUUGGGGAUGGGGGGGGGGUCGCGGUACCCCGGCCCGCGCUUCGCCGCCUUGCCCCCCCCCCCCGCCGCUGCCUGCUGCUCGCGGACGCGUCGACUCGGGGCCCCGGCGCCCGCCGUGCAAUAAAAGUGGAAGUGUUGGA